AUGGCCCAUGACGAGAACGCGCCGUAUGAGGACAGCUCGGGUGCCCCUCUGGCCCUUAGAAAGUCGGCCACACCAUUGACAACCUCCAAGCUCCUCAACCAAGGCUCUGCCAAGGCUAACUACGACGAGUCCAAUCCAAUGGACAAACUGCUUGCGAAGCUGUGCGAGAGCCAUGAUCAGCCUCGCCAGAACGAGAGCGCCGAAGCGGACCAUCCUUCCUCUUGCAGUUCUCUGCCAAUCACGCCUGCUACCGACGCUUUUGGAGGCACCGCUCCGACAACUCGACCUGCCAGUGCAGCCCCAAACGACAGCACCACCGCUACGGAGGAGGUUCUCCGCCUGAAGCUGGAGCUGGCCAAGGCCCAGAAUCACAUCAGCAACCUCAACAAUGAGCUGGCACAGUCACGUCGUGACCAGAGCAGUGGCCGUGCAACGCCCAUACUGUCGUCUGACUCUGACUACGCGGGGGGUGCCCCUCUCGUUGAGCCUAUUGGGACGAAGCCCUCGGCUUACCCAGCCCUGUCAGGCCUCCCCAAGGCCCAGCUCCCUCGAGACAACGCUUGGCAGGGACCUGUCUCUGACGACUGCCGCUCUGAAAUUAGUGACGCCAUAUCGGCCACUGGCUACAAUCGGUCUCGAGGAAUCUGGAACAAUGGCAACAAGCCAGGCUAUCAACCCUCCUUCAUGCCGCCCCCCAUGCCCGUGCAGGAGGGUCCCCACUCGACGGGCUGGUCCAACCCUCGUGAUCAAGGUUUCAUUGACCAGUCUGUCCCAGCGUACAGUGAGCAUACCAUGGAUGGCUUCCGAGGAGAUCGCUUUGGUCAACAGCCUGACUUGAUGCGUUCCGGUAGCGGUCGUCGCAGCAACCGUUAUGAUAACCGAUUCGGAACCCCCAGCUCUUAUGGCAGCAACUACGGUGGCUAUGGCAUGGGAAACAUGGGCCCUUCCCAAUACGAUGGUGGUUCUGGCUAUCCUGGAGGCCCUGGAAACAUGGCUGGGAAUGGCAUGGGAAUGUUCCCUCAGUAUGGACCGUCGCCUAUCGGAACACCCCUGUCUCCACAUGCGACCGAGUUCACAUCCACCACAGGCUCUUCCUGGAAGCCUGAUGCAAUUGCGACUGAGGGACAGACGUAUCUGCCCACCACUGAGCCCCUUAACUACCGUCGUCUCCUGGAUCGCAACGUCAACUGCAACUGGAAGUACAUUGUCGACAAGAUCGUCUGCAACAAUGACCAACAAGCUUCUAUUUUCCUCCAACAGAAGCUCAAGGUCGGAACUCCAGAGCAGAAGUAUGAGAUUGUCGAAGCCAUUGUUGCUCAGGCAUACCCUCUCAUGGUCAAUCGCUUUGGAAACUUCCUGGUCCAACGCUGCUUUGAACACGGCACUCCCGAGCAGGUCAUCAAGAUCGCCGAAGCUAUUCGUGGCAACACACUCAACCUCUCGAUGGACCCAUUCGGAUGCCACGUCGUGCAAAAGGCAUUUGAUUCUGUCCCGGAGGAUUACAAGGCCAUUAUGGUUCAUGAGCUGCUUCGUCGCAUUCCCGAGACAGUCAUUCAUCGCUAUGCCUGUCACGUCUGGCAGAAGCUGUUUGAAUUGAGAUGGACUGAGAGCCCUCCUCAAAUCAUGAAGUUCGUCAAUGAGUCACUGCGCGGUAUGUGGCACGAAGUCGCGCUGGGAGAGACGGGUAGUCUGGUUGUUCAAAACAUCUUUGAGAACUGCCUGGAGGAUGACAAGCGCCCAUGCAUUGAGGAAGUCCUUGCCAACAUCGACAUUGUGGCACAUGGCCAGUUCGGUAACUGGUGCAUCCAGCAUAUUUGCGAGCAUGGUGCCCCUGCAGACCGCAGUCGUGCCAUUGAUCAUGUCAUUCGGUACGCUGCGGAGUAUUCCAUGGAUCAAUUCGCUUCCAAGGUCGUUGAGAAGUGCCUCAAGAUUGGAGGUCCCGAGUUCCUCAGCCGCUACCUUGAUCGAGUCUCUGAGGGUCGUCUCGACCGCCCACGCAUCCCUUUGAUCGACAUUGCCAGCGAUCAGUAUGGCAAUUAUCUCAUCCAAUACAUUCUGACUCAUGCCAAUUCCCAGCACCGCGACAUUGUCGCUGCUCAUAUCCGCAAGCACAUGGUUUCACUCCGUGGAUCCAAGUUUGGAUCGCGCGUCGGCAUGCUUUGUACUAAUCCAGCGGUCGCGACGCGCCCCGGCCCCGGCGUUGGGCCUGUGGUGGGUAGUCGCAUGGCUCCAGGACCUCGUUACGGUGGUGCCUACCGCUGA